UCUUACCCUAGAUUUCGAGCGAGCGAGCGGGAGAUUUCUAAAUUGAGAGCAGCUUCCCAGUUCGUCGUUUUCUCUUUCUUCUUCAAGCUUCAUUACCAGAGAUUCGUGGCAUUAGUGUUGAAGUUAUGGACUUUGAUGAGUAUGAGUACUUAGAGAAGACAGUUGAGAAUCCUCACCUGGAGAACGAAGUUGUAAAUGGCCGUGAUGAGAAACCCAAUUCUGAAGUGAAAGAGCGGAGUAGAAGCUCAAGGCAUAGGAGUGACGAUAAAAGGGAUGAAGACGAAGAUGGUCGGCGUUCUAAACGGCCAAGAUCUCACCGUUCACGAUCUAGAGACAGGGAGAGGGAUAGGCAUAGAAGUAGCCGGGACCACAGAGACAAGGAGAGAGGCCGAGAGAAGGAUAGAGAUAAAGAAGAAAGAAACGGGAAAGAGAGAGACAGAGAGAAAGACAAGGAUCGUGAUGAUAAAGUUCGUGACCAUGAAAAAGAUCGGGAGAGAGAUCGAUCACGUCGAAGCAGAAGCCGAUCAGAGAGGCGCCGUAGUCAGGAAAGAGGAAAGAGCCAGGAAAUAGAAACUAAGGAAAGAGAGACCAAGGACCGUGAUAGAGAUCGCAGACGCCACAAAGACAAAAAGGAGGAUAAGUUAGAGCCUGAGGCUGAUCCUGAAAGAGACCAGAGGACAGUUUUUGCCUAUCAGAUUGCUCUCAGGGCAACUGAAAGGGAUGUUUAUGAAUUCUUCUCCAGAGCUGGAAAGGUACGAGAUGUGCGGAUAAUUAUGGAUCGAAUUUCCAGGCGUUCUAGAGGAAUCGGGUAUGUGGAGUUUUAUGAAACAAUGUCAGUCCCUAUGGCUAUUGCUCUAUCUGGACAGCCUCUUCUUGGCCAGCCUGUUAUGGUAAAACCAUCUGAAGCUGAGAAGAAUCUUGUUCAGUCGACAACUGCUGCCGCUGGAGCAGGCGGGAUGCUGGGCCCCUAUUCUGGUGGAGCUAGACGUCUUUAUGUUGGUAAUCUGCAUAUUAACAUGUCAGAAGAUGAUCUCCGAAAGGUUUUUGAAUCAUUUGGGAGUGUGGAGUUGGUGCAGGUACCUCGUGAUGAAACUGGCCAUUGCAAAGGAUUUGGUUUUGUUCAGUUUGCUCGCCUGGAGGAUGCUAGGAAUGCACUGAAUCUGAAUGGGCAGUUGGAGAUUGCAGGUCGUGCAAUCAAGGUGUCAGCUGUAACAGAUCAAACUGAAGUCCCAGACGCUGGACAAACGCAAAACACCGGUGAUCUGGAUGAUGAUGAUGGAGCGGGCCUGUCUCUGAAUGCGCAAUCGCGGGCAGCACUCAUGAUGAAGCUCGAUCGCAGUGGAACUGCAUCAAGCACUGGCCUUAGUGCAGUUCCAUCUGUUCUCGGUGGAGCUUCAACAGUCUCUCCUUUGGUGGCUCCUCUUGUCCAAGGGGUUUUCCCUGCUGUUGCUGGACUCGCAGGGCUCGGUGUGAAUGUCCCAGCUGUUGUUGACCCUGUUGGUGUCCCCAGCGAAUGUCUACUGCUUAAAAACAUGUUUGAUCCAUCCACAGAGACUGAACUUGAGUUUGACAAGGACAUCGAGGAAGAUGUUCGAGAUGAAUGCUCCAAAUUCGGAGAACUGAAUCAUAUUUUUGUUGACAAAAAUAGCAUGGGCUUUGUCUACUUGCGAUUUGAAAAUGCACAAGCAGCAAUGGGAGCGCAACGUGCUCUCCAUGGAAGAUGGUUUGCCGGAAAGAUGAUUACAGCGACUUACAUGACUACAGAGACUUAUGAGGCCAAGUUCCCAGCAGAGUAAUUAAAGAGCGUCAUGAGAUCGUAAGCCUGGGAAAAAUUUGGUUUGUUUCUGGUGGAGCUGAGAAAAAGCUUUCAGUAUGGUUUUUAAAGCAUCGAUGGAAGAUGGUAUUUGUGAUAACGAAGGUUUUGUCUUAUUGCUAUUAAAUAAAUCCAAAUCUUUUGACGAAUGUUUCUGUGUUUGUCUUUUACCCGCUUCUUGUAUUAUUAAACUCUCGAAACUGUGUGUUGGUUACUUUGUCUUUAAUUAGUGAGAACCUUUC